AAACACGUUUAUCUUAAUAAGUCGGUUACAAAAUGUUUACUUUGAACUAAUUAAAUUUAAAGUAAACCAAUAAAUCGCGUUGGCCCGGAGGUGGAGAAAGUUGAAUUUAAGAUGGAAGAGUCAAAAAAGGAGGAGUAGCCAUUGACUUCAUAUAACGAGUAGAUCUUAUUCUAUGAUCGGAACAAUGGGUAUCAGCAGCCAUGCAAACCUGUUCUUUGUUUUGUUCAUGCUGAGUUUUUAUGUGUUGGACGUUGGUAUUGCCACAGAAAGCAUCACUUCAUCACAAUCCAUCAAGGACUCAGAAACUCUAAGCUCCAAAGAUGGUAACUUCACUUUCGGGUUCUUCACCCCUCCAAACUCCUCAGACCGAUACGUUGGAAUUUGGUGGAAGUCUCAAUCCACCGUCUUAUGGGUUGCUAAUAGAAAUCAAUCACUGAAUGAUUCUUCAGGAGUUGUUACCUUUUCUGAAGAUGGCAAUCUUGUGGUGCUGAAUGGACAGAAUCAAGUUAUUUGGUCAACAUCUGUGUCAAACAUCUCUACCGAUACGACUGCCCAGCUUUCAGACGAGGGGAAGCUAAAACUCACAGAAACAACAACGGGAAACAGCUUAUGGGAUAGUUUUCAGCAACCUUCAAAUACAUUACUGCCCCAAAUGAAAGUUUCAAGCAAUAGAACAGGUAGGGGAGUAGGACUUACAUCAUGGAAGAACCCUUCUGAUCCCUCUGUUGGGAGCUUCUCUUUGGGUGCUGUUGAACGCGGAAAAAUCGUUCAAGUGUUUAUCUGGAAUGAAACUCGACCAUACUGGCGCAGUGGUCCCUGGAGUGGUGGGGUCUUUACAGGGGUAGACCUGAUGGCUAGUGCAUAUCUAAACAGUUUAACGGUUGUAGAUGGUGAAGUCACUUACAACCCAGAAAGUGGAUCUGAAUUCGGAAUUUUCGUUCUGAAUUCUCAAGGUCAAGUUGAACAAAAAUAUUGGGAUGAUGAGCAGAAAGCACUAGAAGUUUCGUGGACGAGUAAACUAUCGGAUUGUGAUGUUUAUGGUGUAUGCGGGUCGUUCGCAAUCUGUGAUGCACAGAGCCAAGGAACAAAUGGCUCACCAAUAUGCAGCUGUUUGAAAGGGUUUGAGCCAAACAACAAAGAGGAAUGGGAUGCACAAAACUGGACUAGUGGAUGUUUUAGGAGCACACCUUUGCAGUGUGAAAGAGCCAAAGAUCAAAACACAACUAUAGAUACAAAUGCAGAUCAAUUUUUGGAACUGCAAAAGGUGAAAGUUCCAGAUUUUUCUGAAUGGUCUAGUGCUGAGCCAGAGACAUGCAGAAGCCAAUGCUUGCAGAAUUGCUCUUGUGUUGCGUAUUCUCACGAUGAUGGGAUUGGUUGUAUGUCUUGGAAUGAUAAUCUACUAGACCUCCAACAACUCUCAAAUCGAGGACUUCAUCUGUAUGUUCGUGUAGACCCUUCUCAACUUCAACAUGGGAAAAAGACAACAAUUAUCAUUACAGUAACAGUGAUAAUAGGAAUUGUGAUCAUUGUCACUUGUGCAUGUGUAAUAUGGAGGAGGACUUCCUGUCGCCCAGCAAUGAAAAGGGGCAAGAAAGGUUUCUUAUGUUUCAAGAAUGAUGAACCAUUAAAAGAAACAGGCAACAAAGUAUUUGAAGAAUUGUCACGAGUUAAACUACAGGAGCUGCUCUUGUUUGAUUUCGAAAAGCUUGCAACAGCCACAAACAACUUCCACCAGUCCAACAAACUUGGGCAGGGUGGUUUUGGUCCUGUGUACAUGGGGAAACUGCAAGAUGGACAAGAAAUAGCAGUUAAAAGACUUUCUAGAGCCUCUGGACAAGGUCUAGAAGAAUUCAUGAACGAAGUAAUCGUGAUUUCCAAACUUCAGCACCGUAAUCUUGUAAGACUUCUUGGAUGCUGUAUUGAAGGUGACGAAAAGAUGCUACUAUAUGAAUAUAUGCCAAACAAAAGUCUUGAUGUGUUUAUUUUUGAUCCAAAAAAACAUAAACUCCUAGAUUGGAGGAAGCGCUGCUCUAUAAUAGAAGGAAUAGCUCGAGGGUUGCUUUAUCUUCAUAGAGACUCUAGACUAAAAAUUAUACACAGAGAUUUGAAGGCAAGUAACAUCUUGUUAGAUGAUGAACUGAAUCCAAAAAUAUCAGACUUUGGUAUGGCUAGAAUCUUUGGAAGAACUGAAGAUCAUGCUAAUACUAAUAGGAUUGUCGGAACAUAUGGUUACAUUUCCCCUGAAUAUGCAAUGCAAGGACUGUUUUCAGAGAAAUCGGAUGUCUUUAGCUUUGGUGUUUUGCUGCUAGAGAUUGUUAGUGGAAGAAGAAACACAAGUUUUUAUGAUGAUGAGCAUUCUCUUACCCUUCUAGGAUUUACCUGGGCACAGUGGAAAGAAGGCAAUAUGUUAUCGUUAGUAGAUUCAGAAAUAUAUGAUCCUAAUGAUCAUGAAGACAUGUUAAGGGUCAUUCACAUAGGACUUUUAUGUGUACAAGAACUUGCUUCAGACAGACCCACAAUGGCUACAGUUGUUUCUAUGCUUAAUAGUGAUGUUGUCUUUCUUCCUCCUCCAAGUCAACCUGCAUUCAUCCGGGUGCAAAAUGUGGUUAAUUCAGAGUCGGCUGAAGAAAGUCAAAGAGUUUGUUCCGUGAAUACAAUUAGUAUUACAAAAAUCUAUGGUAGGUAGUAAAAGAAGACUAUGAUGAAAUUGAUUAGGUGACAGAGAAGAACGUGCUACAUUAUAUUACAGACAGAUAAUACGUAUGUCAUGCAGAGAUUAACAAGGAUUGAUGAUGUUGGGUUACGUACUGUUAGUUAAGCAGUUAUAACCAAAUUAGUUAGCUAAUAGCAGUUCCUAUUAGUUAAGUUACUCUAUAAAUAGUUACUUUUGGACAUGAAGGAAAAGUCUUAAUUCGGGAUAGAUAAUAUUAAUCCUUCUUUGUAUUUUCUCUAAA